AUGGGGAACACCGGCAAGGCCGUGGUAGUUUUCAGCAUUCUUGUUUUCCUGCAGAUCUGGUGCGGCGCCGGGCAAGUCCAUGACAUCCGAGCGGUGAUGUCGGUGAACGGAUUCCAGCAAGGAGAGGAGGGCGGGCCGGCAACGUGCGACGGCCAGUACCACAGCGACGACCUUUUCCUGGUGUCAAUGGCUUCGAAGUGGUUCGGACCUGGCGUCCGGUGUGGCAAGAUGAUCCGCAUCGUGAGCUUGCCCGGGAUCGUGCAGGCCAUUGUGGUGGACGAAUGCGCGGACGGUUGCGGCGACAACGAGAUCAGCACAUCGGCCGCCGUGUGGAAGGCCAUGGGGCUCGACCCCAGUAUGGGCGAGGUGCCCGUUCUCUGGUCGGAUGUCUAA